AUGAGCCCCACAAUCUGUACUAGCACCAGAUCAGUGGAUCCCGUUUCAGUGCUGAUCGAGCGCGGGACGCACUACAGUAUGAUGGCCUCCCUGGUUUUUGAUUCAGAUGAUUGGUCUGGUGUUUCCGAUGGCUGUAAAAGGCGCAAGCUCCAAAAUCGCCUCAACCAGAGAACACAUCAGACGAUGUCUCAACCUGGCGUCUGCAUACAAAUAGGCGAUCUCAAGAAGCUGAUAGACACUAUAAGCAUCCUUGAAGUACGAUCAAAAUAUAACGAGGCCGUUCUGAGAGCGUUCGAGGCCUACGCGCGAUACAGCUACAUGAACGCACAACCACGUCUCGAGUUUCUGCCGAUCCUCACCCAGCUCAACCUGACUCGGGCCCUGUUCGCUAACGUCGAGGCAAUGGGCUUGUCUCAGAGCCAGAUGCACGACGAUGCUCUUUCCCCCUUUAAUACCGCAGGCCCCUUAACCGCCCUCAUGAGUUCGAGGCAGGUUUCAUUGCCCCAGACGCUUCGACCCACUAGCCUACAAGUCGCUAUACCUCACCAUCCUUGGAUUGAUCUGAUCCCAAUCCCCCCAUUUAGAGACAACAUCCUCAAGGCACUUACGAUGGCGGGUCGACCGUGGAGAGCGACCACUGUUUCCACGCCGGCCGAGCGAGUCAAUAUGAUGUCCGCCACGCGUGAGAAUCUACGCGCGGUGCCCGGCGUAGACCAUACGGCGGUGCUGCCGGGGCCGGACUCCAACUGGCACCUUGUCAAUUCUCUGUCUUGGUGGAGCCUCUCGGCCUGCCUGCGGAGGCUCCCCACCCACUUUGUUUUUCUCUCGGAGCACGCUGUUAACCCCGUAAAGACCGGAUAG